GCCUAGCAGUGUAGACCCCGACCCAUAAGCCUCCUGCAGACACACCUGUAGAGGAGAGUAUAAAGACCCUGGACUGAACUGAGUCAGACAUCAAGCUUCAAGGAGUCUCUCCACAGCAGCUCUCCAGAGAAGCUCCACAGCCUCCAGACCGACCCUGAAGAUGACUCCCUCUGCCAGCCUGCUGCUGCUGCUCCUGCUCGGCCUCUCUCAGGCACUUCCUCUCCAGGAGCCAGGAGGCGAAGAAGAAGAAGAAGCUCCAGACACCGUCGACAUCACCACCAGGAUUCUGACCUCCAACAAGGGCAGCGAUGAGAUCCUGCUGGAAGGAGACCUGCUGGUUCCCAGUACCAGAAAUGCCCUAAUGUGCCCUAACCAGAACUGCUUCUGGAAGAAAAACUCCAGUGGCCUGGUGACAGUCCCCUUCACCGUGAGCAGUGAGUACACCAGCUCAGAGAAGCAGCUGAUUGUCAAAGCCUUGCAGGGCUUCCACAGCACAACCUGUAUCCGCUUCGUGCCCCGUAACAACGAGGCCGACUACAUCAGCGUGGAGAACAAAUCAGGAUGUUUCUCCUUUCUGGGCAAAGUGGGAGGCAGUCAGGUUAUCUCUCUGCAGAGGUAUGGCUGCGUCUACAACGGCAUCAUCCAGCACGAGUUCAACCACGCUCUGGGCUUCCGGCACGAACACACCAGGAGCGAUCGCGACAACUACGUCAGGAUCAAUUGGGCCAACAUCAACCCACAGAUGGCCUACAACUUCAACAAGCAGGUCACCAACAACCUGAACACUUCCUACGACUACAGCUCCAUCAUGCACUAUGAAAGAACAGCCUUCUCCAUCAACUGGCUGGACACCAUCACCCCCAUCCCCAACCCUAACGUCCAGAUCGGCCAGAGUCAGGGCUUGUCCUCCUUGGACAUCAUAAGGAUCAAUAAGCUCUACAGCUGCUAA